CACACAGAGCCUCCAGACCAUCUAGCUACAUGUGUCCAAGGCGCACUAGCAGAAGCCUACAUUACAUUAGAAGAGCCCCCUCUAGCGGAGGUGCAAGCUACAGACCUUCUUCGCCGAAAAGCAGCACAUCUGGUAUUUUGUGGCGGAUGACGCCAAAGAAGCCGCAGACGCCGGCACAAAGAGCUUAGAUCUAAGGGAGGCAGACUUCUUCAAACAGCUUAGUGAGGACGUAGCGGUUACAAAGGAGGAUACCAAAGCAGAAGCUAACGUCGUUUAUGGCUUCGGUAGCCAUAAAUCUGCUGUGGUGCCGUGGCUUCGACGGACGGGCAUUGAGGAGCACACGCGGGGCUUGAAGAAGGAUGAGAUGCACACCUCUUUUGCGGUGCCAAAGAAUGCCGAGAGCGAGCCCGAGCUAUUCUUAAUACUAGAGGUUAUAGACGAAAUCUUCUCAGAGGCACAUAGCUACCGUUUCCAUACUAGCGCUGCCCCGGGGCAGAAGAUACGCGCCUUCGACCCCAAAAAGGAGCCUAAUACGCUUAAGACCAACUUCGGCUACUAGAAGCAGUUCCUGAUGUUCUGCUACCGGGUCGUCUACCGCGGCAGCCACUUCACCACGGCCGACGACGACUAGCGGACCCCUAAGAGCUGCAUCCAGCUCACGGAUGCCCAGGAGAAGGCGUGGGAAGCGGCCUUCCAAAGUGCUGUCGAGCAGGACCGGCCUGCGCUGAGAGAUGCUAUGUCCGUCCUCUCAAUAGCGCUGAUCUGCCACGAAUUUGGAGGCAAUCGGUAUAGCUCCCUAUUGCUCAGCUUCUGUGCUAUGCUCAGCGUUAAGCCGUACACUAAGAC